AUGUCGGCAUUGAAGUUAUCCCCGGGUCAAACCCUGCAAUUUCAACAGAUCACAAAUCUCGGCUAUCCCAACCUAGAACGACUGGAGACUCCGAUCUAUGUCCGAAGCAAGAUCGCAAUCCAUAUCUACAACUGCUAUGACUCGUCCGUUGCACUACACUGUACCAUGGCUGUCUCCCGCCAUGGGAACUAA